GUGUGUGGUAACUUUGACUUUCUUUUUGUGGCUGCGCACGCACAUAGCUGCUCGCUUCACCCCACCUUUGUUGUGAGAUUCAGUCGUAAAUGUACCAACGCACCUCCUCGAUCGUCAGCUGUCAGUAAACCAUAUCCGUCGCCGUAGAAGGGCUUAUCGGGCUUGCGCGUGUAAGCUUCGCCGCGCAUUGGUCGUCUGCUGCAGAGAAGCAUACCAUCAAGGACAUCGCUUCGACAGCAUCGCAGAACGCUGCAGACCAGGCACAGAGAAUUCACUCUUCCUUGCGAUGAGAGGCACUGCCAGCAUCGCUAGCCUGACAGGCAGACCAACACGAUUAGCUUGGUCCCGCGACUCGACCUCAGCGGCCAGGAACUGCUCCUGCCGAUACUUUCCCGUCCAAGGCUUGCCGCGGUCUCGACGAGUGGCUGCUGCCAGACAAAGCAUUCACACGACUGGCCGUCCUCUAUCAUCUCCAGCCUCUCCCGGCUCACCAGGCCCGUCGAAUUCAAACGGUGCUGGUCUCUCCGGAUCCUCCAGCGGUGCCUCUCAGUCUCAGCCGGUCGACAUCCGAGCUCGGCAACGGAAACAGACGCGACAGCGAGAGUGGACAGCGGUAGCAGUCGCGGGUGGAGUAGCAACAGCAGGUGCUUGGUACUUGUGGGCAUCUCGCAGAGCUUCAAAGUCCUCUGCCUCUACCAACGCGUCACCGACUCAGAGCACCACAAGCAGAGUCUUCUCGCUCGCUGCUCAUCCUACACCAGUCAGCUUCUCUAUUCCAGUUAGAGGCCCUGAAGGCCUCACCAGCAGGAUCAUCACUGCACUAACUCCUGCAGAGGUGGAGCGGAGACUUCGCCUCAACGAGUGCUCCACAGUCUUGUGCGACCGAGGAGGGGCAGUCGAUCCAACCUCAACCAGCUCUCAAACCUCCGCAGACCCACCGGCGUGCAGCAUCGCCCGUUAUGAUACCAACUUUGUGGCUUCAAACGAUCCCAUCGAAGAUCGGCACGCUGAAGCGGUGGUCAGGAGAGAUACGCAAAUAGCUGGACAAGGCACCGCAGCUGCGAACGGUGAUUUCGGAAGCCUCGGAUUCUUUACGAUUAUGGAUGGUCAUGCUGGGUGGUACACAAGCGAACUCCUUAGCAAGCAGCUCAUCGCAGCAGUUGCGGCAGAACUUGAUGCAGUGUUCCGAGCAUCUGGUCCUUACGCCUCUAUUGCGGCCUCCAAAGCUGCACUUCCCGCCAAGGCUUGGAGGGCGCUGUUUGGUCCUUCCCUCGCAUCAGAAGCUGGUGUUGCAAAUGACCCAGCUCUGGACGCUGAUCCCAGAAUAAUUGCUGGAGCUUUGCAAGCCGCUUUUGUCAGGCUAGACAAGCACAUUGUAGACACGCCGGUAAGGUUGCUGAGGCAGUACGAAGUGGCUAGAGCAGCAUCCUUGAAAUCUGGCGCCGUAGAUGACUUGGGUAGCGCUCCAGCUGGAAGUAGCGCGGUCCAGCCUCAAAGGAGUCUCUCUGCGCUCGCUGGAUCCUUGUUCGGCAUGGCGGGCGGAUUGGGACCCAAGGCAGAGCCUAGCCCCGAAGCUGACGGAGCUGCAGCACUGAGAAAGGCGGGGUACGAGGCACUCUUACCUGCUGCUUCUGGAUCUUGCGCACUGCUUACCUAUGUGGACGGAGCAAGAGGUGAUGUCUAUGUUGCUUGUACGGGAGAUUCUAGAGCUGUUGCUGGGUGGUGGGAUGAGAAGGCGCAAAAGUGGGAAAUCGAAGCGCUCUCCACAGAUCAGACGGGCAGGAAUUUGGCAGAAGUGAAGCGAAUGCAGUCCGAGCACCCAACUUCUGAGGCAGACCACGUCAUCCAGCGUGGACGAGUGCUUGGAGGCCUCGAGCCCACGCGAGCAUUUGGGGAUGCCCGGUACAAAUGGAGCCGAGAUCUCCAGCAAGCUCUGACAUCCUCGCUCAUACCUGGUGGGGGAGGUUUCACCUCGAUCCGGGCGCCGCCCAGAGGUCUUCAGACACCGCCUUACGUCACUGCAAAGCCUGAGGUGACGUGGCGCAAAGCUAGCCAGAAUCAAGGCAACAAGAGACUGAAGUGGAUCGUCAUGGCGACAGACGGCUUGUGGGAUAUGCUCCCGACAGAGGAUGUUGGUGGGCUCGUGGCCGCGCACCUGGACGGCGCGAAGGGGCAGCUCACGGCCAGUGCAUUGCAGAACAGACUGAGUGCUGGAGGGUCAAAGAGUAUGGACAAUGCGACCCAUAGCGCUGCAGCUGCGUCAAAAGGAAACAAUGGACAUCCGCUCAAUCGCACCAAAGAAGCGCAGUACGUUUUUGAGGACUCUAACCUGGCGACGCAUCUCAUCAAGAAUGCGCUUGGAGGAGCUAACAGGGAUAGGGUAGCGGGCUUGCUUGCCAUUCCAGCACCCGACAGCCGUCGAUUCAGAGACGACAUCACAGUCAACGUCAUCCUUUUCGACACGCCCAAACUCUCGCCCGCAGAACCUUCCGCUCAGACUGAUCUGCCGCCAGCAGCUUCGUCACAUUCACCGCAAGAACCCAGAGCUAAAUUGUGAUUGCUAGCGCAACACCGAAUGACACGCUCCGAUUGAAGAUGCCCUCUUCCAGCUUGUCUUGUGCUACGUUCUUUCCGCUCGGACUGAUCUGCCGCCCGCAGCUUCGUCACAUUCAUCGCAAGAAUCCAGAGCUGAAUUGUGAUUGCUAGCGCAGUCAUGGG